GCAGCAGGACAGACACACACUCCUCCUCCUCCUCCUCCUCACAGACACUCAGCUCCCCACUGAAGAUGCAGUUCUGUGGCUGUUUGCUGUUCUCCUGCCUGCUGUCCAUCAAUCUGCUGCACUGCAGUGUCGACGGCUUCAGAGUCCAACAUCAACCUCAGCAUGUAGACUUGCCCGCGUUGAGGCCUCUGGCAUCUCUUCAGCCCCAUCUUGGAGGGGUGAAGCCAGGGGAGGAGCUAACAGCGAAGUUGCUCCGAUUGGAUGACCUGGUGAGGAUGGAAAAUGACAUCAUGGAGCCAAAGAGGAAGAGGAGUUUCCCUGGCAACAACGCACCUCUAGACCGCCUGUCAACCAGCUCCAUGGAAACCAAACAGGCAGCAAACAAGCAGAGCAAAGCAGUGGAGUUGCCACGGCGACGAGUCAAUCCUCCUCCCAUUGACAGGAUUGGCAUGAGUCGUCUACCAAACAGCAGAGGGUAGGCCACGCCCCCUCCUCCUGAUAGCCCGCCCCCUCUCUACAGCAGCCCCCUCUGGACAGAGGAAUCACCACUGAUGCAUGAAACAGCCAAUCACCAACUGCCAGUCACCUGCUGAGACACGCCCACCACCUGCCAAUCACACAUCAAUGCUCCACCUUCAUUUUCACUUGGACACCAACCGACCCCAACCCCCCUUCACAGCGAUGAAUGUUCAGUGGUGGUGCAUUCAGGUGCUGCUUGGUAAAUUCAUCACAGGUGCAGAAAAGUCAGGACCAAAGAAAAACAAAUGAAAGCUCUACUGUUUUAUUUGAAUGAUCCGUGUGGUUUGAUCAGUGUUUAUGUCUUAAUAAGAAACUUUAAACUUUCAAGCACAUUCAAAACCCUCAUUUACUUAUUAUAUGAUUCUACACUGAACUUAACCUGAAGUUUGUUACACAGACAUAUCUGGGAAGGCUUCAUUGGAAACUUUGGAAAAAGGUCAAACAUUUAAAAAAAAAAUACUUGGCAGAUGAUUGGAUGAUUGGAGCCUGAAAAGAUGGAUUUGAUUUUCACUUGUGUGAAAUCAAGCUGCUGGCAACUCCAACGUCUGAAGGAUAAAAUUUCUGCACUAAAACAUGGCGACAGUAGUUUAAAUUUUAUGUCACAGGUUGAGGAAUUUUAGAUUUUAUACUUUCUGUAUUGAUAAACAGUUUUCCAGAUAAACAGUUUAAAAAAGUUAACAUCAAAUAUCUGACCAGAUUUAUGAUCUUGUUGGUUUAUUCUCUGAUCACAUAGAGAAAAUCACAAACCUUCUGUUUGUAAA